AUGCACCACUCGACCAAGAGCCAUCAAGGUGCUCUUGGACCCAGAUGUUCCCACCUCGACAGGGCCCGUGAACGAAGGCGGAGCCUCUUUUGCCCUCGGUCUCACCUAAGCCUGUCUUCUCCUUUUUCUUUUGCUCUGAGCCUCCUUUGCAGCCAACCUCCGUCCGAAUCGGCGCUCCAACAGUUCCAGCCGAGACCCCGAAGCAAACAGAUCCUGGCUGGGGUAUUGUGGUGGGUUGGUGAUCGGAGAAACAACGAAGAUAUUAGGCUAGAUGGCAGUCAGCACUCUGAACAUGACACCCUAUUUCACUGGAUAUCCUUUUCAAGGUACGUCUGGCGAUUUGAGAUGAUCUUGCGUGUUAUGUUAAUGGUGGAAACAUUGUGGAGAGAUAGAGUUGAGAUUUUGGAGCAGAGAAGUUGA